AUGAAGUGUUAUUUAUUAAAAAUCAUCACAUUUUUAACAAUAUCGAGUGCAAUAGAAGCAACAAAAGAAAUAUGUCCUUGUGUACCACUCAAUACAUGUCCAGAUACACAGCAAUUCAAGAAAGAUGAUGCGAAAUAUUUUGCAACGAUUUUAAAGUGUAACGAUGAUGGAUUAGUGCGGUGCUGUAAGGACAAUGAGUUACAAGUGACAGCAUUGAGACGAAUGGAUGAGGAUGAGAAUCUAGUCAUGACUGAUGAGGCUGAAACUGAAGAUUUUUUGACAUCAACAACAACUGAAGUUUAUGAAGAACCAGAAACCACAGAGAAUUUUAUGUUGGAACCAGAAGAUGAUGUAACAACAUCGGAAACGCCAAUCGCUACAACAGUGAUAGAAAAUAUUUUCAGCAUAGAUUUAAACCUGCCUGAUAAUGACCGCAAGUCUAAAUUUAUUGAUGAGCAUGUCGAUGUCGUAUAUCCGAAUUUAAAUGUCGAUACAUCAAUCGAUGCCAAUAAAAAGCCAAUUGAGGAUUUAUUUAUAAUUUUCCCAAACAAUGAUGUCGAAACAGUUUUAGAAGAAGAAAAAGUGACUGAGCCGGUAACCACAACAACAACAAAUAAGCCAUACAGACGUGUAGUUGUUCGUAAACGACUGAGAAAGAAGGAAAGAACAAUCGAGAAUCUAGAAGGUGCUGAAAGUCAGGUUUCAAAAACAGUUGUUGAACCACAACCGAUUGAUGUUGAAAAGUUAAAGAAGCGAUUAGUAGAAAUGCUUAAUAGUCGUUACGAAACAACCACUCCAACGUCUGUGUCAACCGAAGGUAUUGAAGAUGUGGAAACGACAACAAAAAAGAAAAGAAAGAAGCUUAAAAAGUACCGAAAAUCUACCACCACGGCUACAACAAAAAGUUCAUUAAGAGGUAUAACAUCAUCAGUCGUGACCUUGUCAACCGAGGCAUCGUUGAUUAAUAAAUUGCAGAAAGACAAAACAGAAGAAAUUACAGAAGCAGCAACAACAACAAAAAGACCAUCGUUCGGGACAACGAUGAAACCAAAACGUAAACUGCUGUAUGACACAAGCAGCAGAAAGAAUUUCUUGAAGAAGCCACACAUUCGACUAGCAAAUAAUCAUGAUGAGGAAGAAGAACCUGAGGAACAUGAGGAAAUACAUGACCAUGAAAAUCCAAUUUUCGAACCUACAACUCAAUCUACUACGACGACAGAGGAACCAACUACCACAACACACGUUCCAGUCGUUUUAAAGUUGUCAGCAUUAAUUGACAGUGAACACAAGUCAAUGAUUGAGACGGUCCAUAAAUCCCUUAAGGCAAUUCAUGCUGGAGUUGACAUGAAAAUUGUUAAAGCAAUGAUUGAUGAGCAUCAAGAACGAGUAAAUGAGUUGAGGAAAAAUCCUCCUAAAAUGACAGUUCCAACAAGUCGAUUUACAACAGAAGCACAUCAUUCAAGAUAUCAACCUACACGCCCGUUUCGAGGAAAUGUUAGAUUUAAUCGACCGAUUUCAACUUUAAAGCCCAAAAGUUCCAAUUCAUAUCCAUCACAGCCGAGAACAAGAAAUUUGUCAAGAACUCGAAGCACCACGUUGACUCCAAAUAAAUCUGUCAGAAAAACUCAUCAAAGACAAACAAUGCUACCUCAUGCUGACAAUAUUAAUUUAAAUGAAGAACUCAACAUGCCGUUAAAGCAAGAACCAUUGAAUGAAUUUCAUGGAUCACCACUGUAUGGCAUAACUGUUGACAAGGAAAAUUAUUUUGAUAUUUACAAGAUUGAACAACUGCACGAAACUUUUAAGCCAUCAAAAGAUAUUCAGAACGGAUUCUUUCCAGUCAUUAGCAAUGGAACGCCAUCGACAGUUGUUUGA